AGCAUAAUGGAUCGCGGUUUUGUUUUUGGUCUCAUUAAAACCUAUUAUAAAAUGCUAAUUUCGAAGAAUGCAUCCAUACCCGAUUUGAUGAAUUACAAAAUAGAUUUUUUGCUUAUUGUAUGCAGCCAUGAACAUUUUUCGGCAUUAAAUUUGCCAAUUGGCACGCCCUAGACCACGGUUUCAGCUCCCUGCAGUCCAACACCGAGCACAACGUCGAGCAAUAGUCAAACUUCUUAUAGCUCCAUGGAGCGCGCAUUGCAUGCAGAUUUGAGCGCUGAUUUUCGCCAGCAACACUUUCUGGUCGGCUUGGUGCUUCGCGACUUGACGACAGUGCUCGAAGAGCCCAAUCCUCAGCUGCACGGCAAAGCCAUUCGUUGUAUCCGCAAUCUAAUGACCUCACACGAUCUAGAUCCACGGUAUAACGAGGUUGAGGCGCGCGCACGCGUUGCUUCGCUCUACCUCCCUUUGCUAGGUGUUGUCAUGGACGCCAUACCGCAGCUGCACCAAUAUCUCACAGACACACAUGAUCGCCUGCAAAGCAUUGGUCUGCUUGAAGAUUCAACGAUGAGUGCCGACUUCGCCUACGCCAUCUCUGCCCAUCGCGCAUACAACUAUCUCAAUGAUCAAAUCAAAAAUAAAUCACAAUUAAGCAGUGAGAAUACACGUCAUUUGCUCGCCUGUUGCAUUUGGGUGUUGAAAAAUCUUGAACGUAGCGUCUUAUAUCGGUGGCUACUCGGUCUCAGUCCACAUCGCGUGCAUCAAAUGUUACAGCUCUUGAACACUUGUAUAGCCUGUUUCGAGUAUAAGGGCCAAAAGCGGUUGCCCUCACUUAAGCGCAAUACGCAAAGUUUUCGUAAGCCAACCGAUUUGAAAGAGAAGCUCGAAGAGUGUAUACGUGGUACCAACUCGGCGCGCUAUGAUCUGAUAAACAGACGCAAAGAUCGCAAUUCGACAGAGAAAUUUUGUUGGCGCAAAGAUCAAAUGUACCGUUCGCAAUUAUCCGAUAAUACCAAAAAAGCAGAUCCGGAAUUGGAGUUAAAUCAUUUUAUUGAAGGCUCUUUAGCCACUGAAAUUUCGUUGAUUAUUUUAGAUGUUUUGGAAAUUAUUGUACAGGUUUCCACAAAUUCGGAAAUGCAUCACAUCCUUUUGGGUACAGUUUUGAAAGUGUUGCUGCAUGCACUCUCACGCAAUCAAAGUACAUUAUCGCUUCAAAAUCAGUUUGCUUCGCAGCGCGCAUUAAUUUUCAAAUUCCCCAAUUUGCUGUUCGACGCAGAGACGGACAUUUGUGCGGAUCUUUGCUUGCUUUUGUUGAAGCACUGCGGCUCAUUGCUGCCGGCUAUACGUUCACAAGCUUCAGCUUCGCUGUAUCUGCUCAUGCGACAGAACUUCGAGAUUGGCAAUGCCUUCAACCGUAUUGCACAGCUACAGGGUAAGCGGGUAUUUGGUACCUAUUUCCGUAUGGGUUUCUAUGGUGCAAAGUUCGGUGAUUUGGAUCAGCAGGAAUUCAUUUACAAGGAGCCGACGCUAACUAAGUUGCCGGAGAUUUUCAGUCGACUGCAGAACUUUUAUGCCUACCGGUUUGGUCCCGAUUCAGUGCAUAUAAUAAAGGAUUCGAACUCAGUGGAUGUAAAUUCACUGGACCCCGAGAAGGCCUAUAUACAAAUAACCUACGGGGAGCCUUAUUUCGAAACCUACGAGAUACGACACCGCGAGACACACUUCGAACGCAAUUUCAAUAUAAAACGAUUCAUAUUUGCCACACCAUUUACCAAAUCUGGUAAGGCACACGGUGAUCUGCACGAGCAGUGCAAGCGGAAGACCAUACUCACCACAGCCAAUCAUUUUCUGUAUGUGAAAACACGCAUACAGGUAAUUGCGCGGCAGCAAAUCAUACUCGACCCCAUCGAAGUGGCCAUUGAAGAUAUACAAAAGAAAACGGCAGAGCUGGCGGCUGCCACCAAACAAGAGCCUGCCGAUCCGAAAAUAUUACAAAUGGUGCUGCAAGGUUG